GAACAAAUCAACUUCCGGCUUUUCCCUGCACUCCUUCAUGAAUUGGAUGUUGCGCUCCUCGUCGCAGUUGCGGAGCUCUAUUGCAGGCAGAGCCUCGUCGUCGAAUCCAUCAACGACUGGGGCGUGGUCGCCUCAGGACGAAGUCGACGCGGGGAAUCGUAGUAGGGCUAGUACAAAUUCUACCCCUGCUGGUACAACUUCUAGACAAGAUGAUGAACCAAGCGGCUCUAGAAGUACUAGAUCCGGAGCGGUUACAUUGGGGUCGUCAGCCUCCUCGACCGCAGAAGAUCUGAUUUUUCUCCCGUCUUUCGUCGAGCAGGGUGAAGUAUGCAUUGCAAAUAUGUCUGGGUCUGGAAAAGUGCCAGUUUUGUCAUGCUAGGCUAGCAAGGCUCUUAAGUCUGUCAUGCUCGUUUUUUUUUUACCCAAAAGCCCUAUUUUUCUGCGAUCCAGUGGAACGCAGUUUGUCAUGCAGAAUAGGCAACACUACUUAGAAGCCUAGGAACUUGUCAUGCUGAGCCAGCAUUUGUGGUCUCCACAUGCUAAAAGUCACGUCAGCAUUACAAGUUCCCAGACCCUCCAGACAUAUUUGCAUUUGAUAUGAAGUGCGCGUGUUCCGGUCCUUGUUCGCCGACUUUCUGGAAAGCAAAACCACCUCUAUAUCCUGAGUAAAAACGUCCCCACACCAGAGUCAGGAUGGGGAUUUUGCAACACAAACCUCGGAGUUUUGGGAGUCACGCAUGACAAGUUGCACGCCGCAGUGUAGUGCAGGUUAGCAACUGCAGCCGCGUCACAGAUUCAUCUGCUCAUCCUGUUCACAGCAUGACAAAUUCCAAAACACGACUGGAAAUGGCUCUCGUGGGGAUGCGCAUUACAAGUCUUCCUGUCUUUGCAAAUCUGCAUUACAACUCUGGCGUGGGGACGUUUUUACUCAGGAUACUCUAGUCUCUCUGCCGCCUUGCACGAGCAAAUGCUGGCGGAUCAAGCGAGAGUCCGAAAUGAAGACCCGGUCCAGCGUAUGAGAGUGCACAACCUCAUCCCCUCGUCCCCCUCAUUUGUAAUCCAAAAGCCCAAAUCCAAGUGCUUCCGUGUGGCACUGUAUGCAUGAGAGAUUGUUCCGGAAGUCCAAACAGUACUACACUUGGCGCAUGAACUUGUCAUGCACAAGCUCCACGUGUGUUAUUGUUUGUAUUGCUGUUCAUGCAGUACAAAUAAGGGGACGGGGGAGUUGUGCACUGUCAUACAGCAGUUCGCUCAGCAAUACGUGUGCCCGAUCUGUAUUGAUAUCAAAUGCAAAAAUGUCUGGGUCUGGAAGAAUGCGCGACUUGUCAUGCAGCUUUUCCAUGACCCAUGAGGUCUGGAAUGCACGACCUAGCAUGACAGUUUCUGUUCGAUCUCUCUCAUGCCUAUCCUGCAUGAGAAACUCCCUUCCGACUUGGUCAAAGCUGGACGACUUUUGGUAAUCAUGCAACAUCGAUUUUUGCAUGCUUCAAAUCUAGCAUGACAAGUUGCAUUCUUCCAGACCCAGACAUUUUUGCAGUUGAUAAUGGACUCCCCACUCCAAUUGCCGCAGGAGGUGCAGCAGAGGUCGGUGGGCGCUGCUGGAGACACGAGGAACAACUCCCGUGCUGCUUACAAGACGAAAAGGCUAGCGGUGUUGCCUUGUGGGCACACCUUCUGUGAGGGUUGCAUCGGACAUUGGACGCACAAUCACCCUAGUUGCCCCGUCUGUCGCCUUUACAUUCCCCGUAUGAGAGUGCACAAGAGCCCCCAUUUAUUAAUAAAUAUUAAUAUUGUCGUCCCCCGCUUUAAAUGUUAAUUAUAAUUUGGAAGAAAAAGAAGAGCACCGGCAACAGAAACAAAGUAUGAGAAUUUUUGUAGCUUCCGCAUGCCAAAUUAAGUGACAUGCGCGCGGCUUGUAGUAAGGAUAGACACAAGUGUUUGGGUGCUGCUGUCCUAGUUUAUUUUCAUGCCAGAUGAUGAUGAUACAUACUGAUAGCGAGGAUGUGACAUACUCAGUAUCCUAUCUGUAGUUGCGUUUUCGCAUGACGACUCCGGAGAUGGGGAGCAGUUGUGCACCCUCACACCCCGUGCCAGUGUCUGGCACCGUGCCAGCGCAGUUGAUCCGAGCAAUCUCUACAAUGCGCGCUGUGUUCCACGUUACGAGGCGCCAAGUGGUCAUCACGUCUGGGCAGGCCGUGAUCGUGUUGUGCCCUUGACGUUCAAGAUCUACAAGCGCGACACGGAAGUCGAGGAACAGCAUCCGCGUUCCAGGGGGCACGUGGAACUGGUGCAGCCGCAGGAGUACAUCAAGAUUCAUCAUCAGGCCCCAAGUGGAGGCUUCACAGGAAAGACUACAUUUACACCGAAAGUUGAAAUCGAAGAGCGCCGAGCCAUUUCGUCAGCGGACCACACCAGUGCAGGUGCGGUGCAGCGCACCGAAGAUGGGAAUGAAUCUUUCCUCCAGGUAAAGUGGACAAACAGGAGGGAACACGAAGGGUCUGCGUCUGCUGGCCAGCAGGGCGAGCGCGAGACGAAUCUGGAAAGACGGAUCAGGUUGUAGAAAGAGGGUGGGCCUGGUGAGUUGUAUUCACAACCGGAAGUACUAUACUUACACCUUUCAGAUUUGUAGGAUUUUUACUGAAAGCAUUAGCAUGUGCAUGAUAAGCAUAUCAUGUACUUAUCUUGACCAAGAACGCACUCACAUUACUCACUACUACGGCAGAAGAUUAAAAAUGUGAAGAGGAGCAAAUAACUACGACCAGCUUUUUAUUUCAUCUUCUACUUUAUUGCUUCGUAAAAAACUAUAGUUGUUAAACUUUCAAAAGGAUUAGUGCAUAUCAUAUUCAAAAAUAGGUAGUAGUGCUUGUCUUAUACCUUCUGUAUGAUAAGGUGAACACUCGUAGUUCUAAUGUGAAAAUUUGUGAGAAGAACAGAACAAAGGAAAUUCGAUUCGACGUGAAGUACAAAAUAAAAAUUACGCAUGAACCAAAAUAAAAAAAAUGUAAACGCGUUCCCACCUUCCGCAUGAACACAAACAAACAAACAAAAUUACGCAUGAACAAGCAACCACGCAUGAUAUGAGGAGACCGACACCACAACCAUUAGUGCCAUGAUAUUAAAAAGUCCCCAUCGACCCAUUAUAUCGAUUGGUUUAUUUCGGGGCGAGCAGGCCGAUAGGGAACACGGAGGCGCAAUACUCCAAAUCAAAAUCAACGCAUCGAACGACAUUAUUUCAUGCAAAAACUCAAGAAGUUUUGGCGAUCGAUACAAUGGCAGUCUUCCUGCCAUUUUUUUUUAAAGUUUUGCUCUGCAUGUUUUGUGUAUUAUUUGUACAACUACAAUGAUUUAUUAUAGUUUUUGCCUGUUUAAUAACUUAUUUUUGAACCGUAGUUGCUACUUGCCGCGGCAAGUAGCAGUACUAUCCACAGGGCAAAGCCAAACAAAGCGCCCGCGGCAUUUAUUUCCAUGUAGAGGAAGAAAAUUGCCAGACACGAAGUAAUGAAGCAAUCAUGCCAUAGAGAUAGAUGGAUGCAUUUUUUUCUGCAGGUGGAUUGAUAAUUCUUGUCGCGCCGGGAUGCUUGUUGACUUUCUCGUUGUCUUUAGAGUUGGUGGAAAGCGCAAUUUUACUUUUACCGCCUUUUCCUCGACACAGAUACAAAUUAUUACCGUAUUG